AUGUCGUGCUUUCCAGUAUCCGGUAGUACCAGUAGCCCGAACAUCACCCAGGCACCAAGAACACGGUGGACCUUGGUCGGGCCUGGAAAUGCCCAUCUCCUCGAUGAGCUCGAAAAGCUAUACUGGCAAGGUGUGAGGACAGAGUUAGAAAAUAUUGUUUACACUUUGAAGAUCUGGCAGCAGCCAGAACACUCGGGAAUAACUAUAGAGGAAGAGGAUGACUCACAUAUUCGUGGAUUCGACACAUUCAUCGACCAGGUCAGCCAGCAGACGAGAGCAUUUGCGGUUCGAUAUGGAGAAAUGAAACUCAAACAACAAAAAGCUAAGCAGAGUACAGUAUCAAAGCAAAUGCUUGGUCUGAGCUCAAGAUUCAACGAAGAGGGCAUGAAGAUCCGAUAUGCCGUGGAAGCUCAAAUAUCUAAAGCUCCACGUUUUUCCGGUAUACAACAACGUGCAUGUAUGCUAUUACAAGCUGCUGGAUUUCUCGACAUUGACAAGCUAAUCGAGCAUCGGCCACCGUUGGAGGAAUUAGGAUUCUGGGCAAGGCCGGCGAUUCCCCAGUUAAAUCUGACCCGUUUCAAAGAGGAUUGGACACCACAAUUUGGUAUGCUGGAAUGCUCCAAAUGUCACAGCGUUGUCAGAGGUAGCAUGUUCCUUCAAACAAAUUCAAGUUCGAACCAGAGCAUUUGCGAAGGGUGCUAUCGACAGCACUACCACGGCAAUCCGCAGUAUGAGAAAGCCUACAAACACUGCAUUCUCUAUGAGACCAUUACCCCUCCCAUAAGCCGGGAGAUGUGUGAGUGUGGGAUUAUUUCGCAAGUGGAUGAAAACAGAGUCUCGCGCUUGUUCCCGGUUCCCAAAGGCCAACCACAUAUUGAUAGCGACGAAGCCCGAUGCAAAUUACUCGAGCUGGGUCACCAUGUGGCUCUUGCAAAGUACCAUGGCUUACUGAACACCGUUAACCCCCAACAUAACCCACCGAAGGGUUGUAAGAAAGUUGCUUCCAAGCUCAGAUCAGCAUUUGGGAUAUCCGAUCGGAGCCGAAAAGACCUGAUAGACCAAGAUAACGAAGCCAUCGCAACCUCCGAGUCGAAGAAGCUUCCACUACAGAAUGUGUUAAAAGAUGGAUUUUCUGGGAAUAACGCCGCGGCUACGGAGGCUGCGGCCGAUGAAGACAUCCCACUCUUCUUCCGUCAGUUUACACAGCAGUAUCCCUUUGGAAAUGUUCACAUGGCUCUUCGAGUCGGGCCUUUGGUUAUUGAAAAUGGAGUAGCGCAUACAAAAGGGGGAGCAUUAAUCAGUCCCCGACAGCCACCGAUAUUCCACGAACGCUUCUCAAUGGGUCGAUCUCGCCAACGGAGCCUUGCAGUUGGCUGUGAUCCGGAGAGACGCCUAUGGCAACAGAAUCGCCCUGCUGGGAACCCAAAGAGAUACAAGGCUGUCAUGAAACAAGUUGUCGGAGUGCCAUUUGCAGGGACUCUUUCCCAAUUUGAUGGAUCUAUCGAAGAGACCAAGAUCAUACAACAGCUUAUCAAAGCAAGCAAAAUAUCUCUCGACGACCCAGUAUCGCAAAAAGACUCCUCGACCCAAGAACCUCUCACAUGGAGUGCCACAAGCAACAAUUGCCAGAGCUUCUGCAACGCUCUCAUCGACACUGAUAUAUUCGAACCUCUUGUCAGCAGUGAAAGAGAGCUGUACUUGAUGAGCUUCGUCUGCCCGCAGGAAGGAUACCUGCGAAACAAGGUGCACACGAAAUACGACGUUCCUAGUGGGCUGACUGAGGAGUACCUCCUUCGUUUCCACUUUGGCCGUCAUGACGAGGCUGAUCUCAUCGAUACACUACAAGAAUACUGGUAUGACUGGGGUGCAUUCGGGGCUCCCCUGUACAAAUAUCAAGAUCUCUUUCCGUGGGAUUGUACCGAAGCAUAUGGAAUGAAUCCCAUCAAAUGCGGAAGCUGUAAUCUAGCGAAGCACAUUCUUGCCUUUCCAUUCGAUGCAUGGUCCAUCGUCGAGUUACAUCUAGCUCGAGACCAGUACAUGUACGCACCACCAAGCAACAUCCCUAAUUCCUGGAUGCACAACCGUCUCUUAAUCCUCGCUGCCUUUUCCAUCCUAACAAGAGCUGCUGCAGCUAUGGUCAAAACACCCGGUUUUUGCGAAGCUACUCAAUGGCUCCAUUCCAAGGAUAGUGAGCUCCGAGGUAGUGAUCCUGCACUUGCUCGAGUCAAGCUGGGAGGGAUCCAUCGUGCACAACCUUUUAGUCACUACUUCGAAGCUGGGAAGUAUAGUCACUAUUUCUUGGCGCAAUGGGCUUUGAGGCCACGGAACGAGCAGAUUGAGGAAUAUGAAUUUCUCCGAGACAGACGCGCCGAAAAAGCUGAUAUUGAUUUUGGUGGGAUGUUUGGAUCAUCCACACAAUCAUCCGACGCAGACUACAUGGCCUAUUGGGCUCUCCAGCAGCAGAUUAUUGGGUUUGAAGGGGGUGAUUUAUCAUCAAAUUCCCAGUCUAAACCCGGUGAUGAUGCAGAUGCACGACCUCAAGAUACAAACAAUCACCUUGAAAAUGAAACAAGUGCUCCAUCAGCUUCCAACAUGGACCCUAAGAAUACGCCAGAUACCAGCAAUGCACAUAAUCCCGCUUCUGAGGGCAGUCACAGAAACCACAGAGAUCAUUCUGGAGGCAAUUAUAACAGUUCAUCAGAUGACCAUUCAAAAAGCGAAGGUAAAGCCACCGCACCGUCACAGGACAUCAACAAUCACCGUGACAAUACGACAGGUGCUCCAGCGGCUUCCAACGCAGCGUCUGGAAGUAAACCGGAUAUCAACGAUUCUCAUAACAAGCCUUCUGGGAACAACGAUAAAAGCCACAUCGACCAUUCUGGAAGCAAGGGCAGCAAUUCAUCAUAUAACCAGUCGAAGGAUGGUCGUGGCUCCGCUGCACAGUUAGGGGACAACAACAACCACCACCAUGACAAUACCACAACAGUUUCCAACACAAAUUCUGAUGGUAUACAAGGUACCAAGGAUUCACAGGAUAAGUCUUCUGGGAGCAGUGACAGAAACCACGGGCACCAUUCCGGAAGCAAGAAUCAUGGUGAAAGAACACAUCAUUCUACAGGCCACUCGGGAGGGAGAAGUCACCAUUCGAAAGGGCACCAUUAUGAUAGGGAUGAUUAUUCAGACAUUGGAAGUCUCUCGCAAAUUUCCUUCUCGGGACUCCACUCCGGAGGUUAUACCGGUACGUCCGGUGGAUAUUCCGGGGGCUAUUCGGGAGGAAGUAGCAGCUCCUAUGGUGGUGGUGGUGGUGUUAGUUCUCACGGGGGGGGCAGUAGUAGUUCUUAUGGUGGUGGUGGUAGUGCUCAUGGUGGUGGCGGUAGUAGUUCUUACGGGGGAGGCAGCGAUUCGAAUUGUAACUGA